GUGGUAAAUAAACGUGUCUUCUUGUCUUUUUUCGGCGUCGUUGUGACAGCUGCGAGAGAUCGAUGUAAUCUAUUUAUUGAAUAAAUAUAGUUAAAUAACUUAUUAACAUGGCUCCCAAAGAGAAGGACGAUAAGCCGGUAAAGAUAAACAAAUGGGAUGGUGCAGCUGUAAAAAAUGCACUAGACGAUGCAGUUAAAGAAGUCCUAACCGGGAAAUUCCAUUAUGUUGAGAAUUUCGCCCUCAUCGAUGGCAGAUUAGUAAUAUGUGGCAUAGCAGUAGGAGUAGCUAUGUUUGCCUUAGUAUGGGAUUACUUGUACCCUUUCCCACAAUCUAGGCCUGUUUUGAUAUUCUCUGUUACAACGUACUUCAUUAUGAUGGGGGUUUUAACGUUUUACACAGCCUACAAAGAGAAGGGAAUAUUUGCUGUUUGUAUUCAAAAAGACAACUCUAAAAAGGAGAAUGUCUGGGAAGCCAGUUCCUAUUUGCCAAAGUAUGAUGAUAAAUACAGCUUAUCAUUGGUGUUUAUAGACGGAAAAACGAAGCAAAGAAGAGAAACCAGCAUAAAAAAGAGUGUGGCUAGUUACAUAGACGUUAAUGGAGGUGUCGUGCCCGAGCUGGUCGAGGCUGAUGUCACCAAGAUGCACAAUUCUCUGUUGACAGAACGAAAAGAAAAAUGAUGCAUACAACAGCACCAUUUUUCGGUUCGUAGAAGAGCAGGCCGUGUAAAUUAUUUCGUAAUGUUUUAUAUUUUUAAAUGAUUUAUUUUGUUUCUGCAGGUUAAAAAUAGUUGUAAUUUCACUUGUGAUUUAUGGUUUACAUAAAUGUCGUACAAUUUA